GUUAAAUCCAUCUUUAACUUUGUUUCUUGUGUGUUUUGUCGUUUUGGCAAAUGAAUAUGCUAAUAAUAUGACUAUAGGGGGGCAGGAAGAGAGUACGUAACCAGAACUGUACAAAAAAGAUCAGUUUUUCACAUUUUCUGCUAAAUAUCAGGUUGUAACCAGCUUUUAGGAGCAUAGCUGCUGCCUACUGUGACCACGCAAGGAUGGAAAUAAAGGGGUUACUUUUACUUUUUGUAUAAUUGCUAUAAAAAAUGAUUAAGAUGUUUAAAUGUUUGUUAAUGGUGGUAGGAAAAGAAGAGGGCCGAGACAGCUGCCCUGUGGAACACCACCACGCAUUUUACUCAAUAUAAUGAAUGUGAAACACCUUUUUUUCCUUUCUUUUUUUGGACAAACUCUGAAAUACUUAAUUGAUCUUGGCUAUAAUUCCCUGUCCACAAGAACAAUUUCUAUUUAUUGCAGUGUUGUUAAAAGUACCCAAAAGUCAGACAAAGAUCGUGUUAAAAUAUUACUUCUAUUAUAAUAAUGGGUAUAAAUAAAAGUCUAAAAUCUUUCUGAAAUUGAAUUUUUAACUACUCAAGUUGGUAAGAACAAGUAAAGUAAAUUAUACAUGGAUACACUCUCAUGUGUGAACUGUGUCUCUGCUGAUGUCGCCCAGAAGAAGCAUGUAUACAACGAAAACAAGAGGAUCGAGACAGCUGCCCUGUGGAACACCACAACGUAUUUUAUACGAUGAAAGUCACAAGUAUGAAUUUGAGUAGAAGUCUAGAUAUCGUGUUGCUUUAGUAAAAGCAAAAAGGUAAAAAUACGUAUCUGUCUUUUGUAGAAAAAGUCUCUGAUUAUAGAAAGAUUGUCAAGUAUAAGAAGAAAAGAAGAGGGCGGAGACAGCUGCCCUGUGGGACGCCAUGCUGCAUUUUGAACGAUAACAUGAAUAUGAAUUGCCACUUGUUUUUCAUUUUAAAAAAUUCAAAAUAAACCUAGUUAUAAAUUCAUGUGGAACCAAUUCCCAAUUCAAAAACACACUAAUGGAAAUCAAACCAAUUAACAAUUUAGCUAAUAAAAACCACACAACUCUGUAUUCUUGGCUGAAAAUUGUAGCUACAAUUUAAAAUGUACAGAUUUAGGUUUUCUUUUAACCAACAAACCUGUGAACAAAUUAGCGAUCAAAUACACCAACACAUUGUUUUUGAGUGUUUAUGACAAUCCAGACUUCUAAUCAGUGUUUAGAUUUGUGCUGAUAGCAUGAGUGACAGAAACAUUUCAAGACUUUAGUGUGUCACCACAAAUUAGACAUAAAAUAUAUGACCACACAUGUAACACAAAUGUACUGUAACUCCUCCUGUGGACAUCUGUAAGUGAAUGCUGAACAGGAAAUGAACAAUAACUAUAUUAUUGAAUGUUGAGAACAAGCCAAAGCAGAAUAAAACACCGGAUGACGAUAUUACAGGAUAAAAAAACUCAACAGUCGAGCAAAACACAAGGAAGCCGAGUCGAAGGUGAAGUUAAAACAAGACGACCAAACAGAAAAUGUCAAAACGCAAAAAAAGACAACAUGAUUAAAUACAAGUAAAAGGAAUAAAAGUGAUAAAAAAAGACAGAUUAAAAGAUGAUUAAACAUGUUAGAAAGUGUUUAUAAAUGCUCAACAGUUGGUUGUUAAAGGAAAGUGUCACUCAAAAAGCAAAAACCAACACUGGAGCUGAAGUUUUAAACACAUUCAGACACGAUAAUCAGGUCAGAGAAACAGGUGUGUAGAAACACAGUGAGUGACGACUCUGCAGCGAUAAAACGGCUGAAAAUGCAUUCAAUGCUGCAGCUGGAACCUUCAGGAGGGACGGCGAGUGUGUGUGUAACAGUAGAAAGAGCAGAGCCUGGCGUGGUCUUAAUCCGUCCACAUACCAGCCACCGCCUCAUAUGGUGUGUGUGUGUGUGUGUGUGUGUGUGUGUGUGUGUGUGUGUGUGUGUGUCAUUUCAGAGGCCUGAAACCUGAUGCCCCCCCAUGACUCAGAUCGGUGCCCCCCAUGCGUCCUCUCACUGCUGCGGAUGGCGAGGAAGCUGCGAACACACAAAUGCAGCCGUCGCUUCUUGUGAGGGAGAAAAAAAAAUAAAAGGGGGGAAUGAAGUGAGUGAGUGAGGAAGAGGAGGAAGAGGGACUGGAAGGUGAAGAGGAAGAGGGACUCGUGUCCGGGCAGCAGACUUUCUUUUCUUUUCUGGGAUAUGAAAGAGAUUUUUUGUCGGGCUGCUCGACCUCGAUGUGACAUCUGACCUCUGAUCUUACAACUGGACAUGAGAAGAUUCUCCAAGACAACAAAGUCUCACUGGAAGCUCAAAGCUCGUGUUCAAACUUGAGUUGGGCAUUUUUUUUUUUUUUCCCUGAGAGAGCUGAGACAGAUGGUGUUACGUGGUCUGUGCAGUCAGCAGCUUCAUGCAAAAACUUACCUGGCAACUGACUAAAAGUUCAUUUAAAGUAAAUGAAAUCCAGACAAAUUAACCUCCAGAGUGUCUGUGCACGAUAAACCUGCAGAAAACUACUGAGGAAGAUUAAAUAAUCGAGCUCCACUGACUCUGAAAGACCUCCUCCCUGCAGGAUCUCAACUCCACGACAGAGAAGAAGAGUCUGAUCGUGGAUUUACUCAUCAACACGCAAAUAAAUAUCGACAAAAAUGACUUUCUGACUGACUGCAGAGACGAGAAGACAGAUCACACACAGGAGAGACUGACUGCAGAUGGAGAGGAAGGAGGAGGUGAAGUUUGGCGGAGCGGCCAUGUCGCUGCCGGUGGACCUGAGCUGCCUGCAGGGUGGCGGCGGCGGCGGCGGCGGGGGGGCGGAGGGCGAGGCGGCGCUGGCGGCUCUGGAGAAGCAGCUGAUCUGUCCCAUCUGUCUGGAGCUCUUUAAUAAACCCGUGGUCAUCCUGCCCUGCGAGCACAACCUCUGCAGGAAGUGUGCCAACGAGCUCUACCAGCCGUCCUUGUUCCAGGCUCGCACCACCAUGCUGGUGAACAGCGGCCGUUUCCGCUGUCCGUCCUGCAGACAUGAGGUGGUGCUGGAUCGCCACGGAGUCUACGGCCUGCAGCGGAACCUGCUGGUGGAGAACAUCAUCGACGUCUACAAACAGGAAGUCAGCAACAACCUCAACAAGGAGCCGAGCCCCCUCCCUCCUCCUCCACCUGCAGCUCAGGUGACAUGUCCGGACCACGAGGGGGAGAAGGUGAACAUCUACUGCCUCACCUGUCAGGUUCCCACAUGUUCCCUGUGUAAAGUGUUCGGGGCCCAUCAGUCUCACCAGGUGGCUCCUCUGACAGACGUCUACCAGCAGCAGAAGGACGAGCUGAGUAAAGAGGUCAGUUCUCUGGUGGCGUUCAGCGACAGAGUCCAGAGUUUGAUCGACGAGCUGGAGGAGACCUGCAGAAACAUCGAGGAGAACUGCAGGACUCAGAAACAGAAUGUGUGCGACAAGUUCAGCCACGUGUUUUCAAUCCUGGAGGAGAAAAAGAAGGCGAUGACGCAGCGAAUCAGCUCCGAGCAGGAAGAGAAGACAGGCCACGCCCAGGCGUUGGUGCGUUGCUAUGGAGACAGCGUGGCGACCAACAACAAGCUGAUGGAGACGGCGGCGAGCAGCAUGGAGGAGCCGGACAUGGCUGCUUUUGUCCAGAAUUCACGGGAGCUGAUCACAAAAGUUUUGGCAGCGACCGCCUCGUGUCCAGCAGAGACACUGAAGCCGGGUUACGAGAGUCUGAGCCUCUACAGAUAUAACUUCAGCCGGCAGGAGAGAGCUCUGAGGAGCUUAGACUUCCCCAAAGCUGUGGAAGAUGUUCCUGAAGAACCAGAGGUGGAGCAAGAACCAGAGGAACCCAAAGAGCCCUCUGUCCAGAACACAGAAGCAGAACACCAGCCGGGCACCUCCACCCAGAACCUGGAAUCUGCUCGAGAACCAGUUAAAGAGCCGGUCUCAGCACUGACGUCCCCGUCAGCUGCACCGACGUCAGCGCCGGCUCCACCAGCUCCACCAGCUCCACCAGCUCCACCAGCUCCAGGUCUGGUGAUGGAUCUGCAGCCGGAGACUGACGGCUCGCAGAUAAAUGUCGGAGGAUCCGGUCAGGUGAAGAACGAGGAGGAGGAGGAGAAGAAGAAAGAGGAGGAGGACAGAUGUGCAGCUCCUGAGCCUGUUAAAGAGGGAAACACCUGCGACGAUCAGGAGGGAAUGAGCACACAACAGCUGUGUUUCUCCACAUGUCAGUGUGAAGGAGCAGAGGCAGGAAGUGAAGCGGGUGACUGGACGAUGCAGAGAGAGUCAGAGGACGAAGAAGAAGAAGAAGAAGUGAAGAUGAACGAGGGGAACUAUACUAUGUUUUACCCCAGCUGGUACAAACCAAGCAGCUGGAGCAGCCCGGUUCCUGCAGACAUCCAGCUGAAGCUUCAGGAUGCAGAGCAGACGGCUCCAGCAGAGGAUCGCCUGUUGGAGACUGAAGCUCCACCACGGUCUCCAUGCAGACGAUCCCAGCCUCGACCCCUGAAGGUACCUGCUGUUACACCUGUCCCCCAUCUGAGACCGACUCAGCAGGAGGCAGCAGGAAGAGACGACGUCGCUGAGGAGGAGGAGGACAUGCAGGGCUGGGUGUGUCUCCCAGGGGCUGCAGAUAGAAGCGUCGGUAGUUUUGAUGCGGGAGACAGUUCUGCUGCUGACAGUGACAGUCCAUCAUCCAAACCACCCGGGGAGACUUGUUCUGGGCUCGAGAGAGGAAGAUCAGAGACGGACCAGGACGACGUAAAGCUCAGCGAUGGAGGAUUAGAGGACGCAGAAGAGAAGGAGCAGCAAGAAGAGGAUGAUUUAAAUCUGAAACAAAGAAGAGAGUCUGAAGAUGAGCUGCUGAAUGAAAGGCAGGAAACAGGAUUAGAGAGGGAGGCUGAAUCUACGAGGGAGGAUCGCUCUGAACGGAAACGUGACGUCGUGGACGACGAUGAUGAUGUAGAGAGUUUGCGAGAUGGAGACUCAGAGUUUGAGGCCUCAGGUUUUGCAGAAAAGAAGGAGGAGGACGGAGAGAGAAACGAAGCCUCCUCUGACUCUCUGCAGGCUGUCACUCUGCUCUUCUACCUGUUGGCCUUCCUGGUCAUCCUGCAGAGGGUGUGGGCUUACAUCGGCUGCUUCAUUUGCACAUAACACCUGCAGGAGACACGCCCGCCCUCACCGCUGCACCGCUCAGAUGGAGGCUGAGACCAGGAGUCCGGCUCAGACCGGUCCUCCCUCCUCCUCUCGUCGACCCAGUUUCUGCUUCUCCUGGCUGAACCCCCUCCACAAGAAGAAGUAGCGGGCGGAGAGAAGUGUCUGAUGGUGGAGAUGGAGGUGAUGGAGAGUAACUGCAGAGUUACAAACUGUUUCAUCAACCAUCUCAGUUUUGUUCAGAAUUUUUAUCCACUCUAAAACAUAUUUGCACUUUUUGUGUUGUGUGGACAGAACGGCAAUAGAUCUGUUUUUUAUUGGUCUUUUAUUUUGAAAACUAACUGAGAAGUUUUGUUUUAAUUUGUUUUUAAGUAGAAGCUGCUGCCCUCCACACAGAUGGUCUUUGGUUUUAAGUGUUAACUACCUGAUUUUAUAAGAGAAGGAGCUGCAGAAUUAGCAGUAGUUUUACUGGUCAUAGUAAAAUUAGAACUACUGCUAGUAGUAAUAAUAAUACUUAUUUUAUUAUGUUACUGCAGGUGUGGCUGCAGAGGAUGUUGCAAUAAUUUUACAGCAUUUUAGUCUUUUUCUUGAACAAAUCUGAUGACAUUUGGGCUUAAAAUGUGAGAUUUAACAGUCUAUAAGGGAUAAGUUCAUUAUCUACUCACCUUCAUGACGAAGGAAAGUUGUGUGAGGUCCAUAAGAAAUGUCUAGAGUCUCAAAGCAAAAUGUUCUAAAAAAUCGACCAAAGACAAAGAUAAAAUGGAUCCAUGCAGCUCGUCAAGUGUUAUAAAAGUCUCUAAAAACCCAGAGAACCCAAACUGAUAGAUGCUAAGCUAAGAGCGUUAGCACGCACCCUGUCUUAAGUGGGGCCACAGGCUUGACUGUAUGUGGAGAGUAUGAGAGUGACUUCUUCUUCUUCUUCUUCUUCUUCUUCUUCUUCUUCUUGUUCUUCACCUGACUUUACAUCAACAUGAGAGGGAGGAGAGGAUGAUUGGGUUUUAAUUUUCGGGCGGACUGUUCCUUUAACAGUCUGGUGAUAGAGCUACUAGCUGUAGCUCGAUAUUAGAAAUGUGGACAACAGAAGUGGAGCAAUAACACUUGGUGAAACAAAUGAUGAAGUCUGUCUUACAAACAUGGUUGUAUGUGUGUCUGGAUGUGGGUUAGAAUUCUGGACCGAGUUCUGACGACCUGGGAAAGAGACUCAAGGAUCAGCUGUGGUUCUCCAGAACUUUUACUAGAUCACUGAUUGUGUUUGUUCUUGUUAGACUUUUUUCAAAUUCUGCUAUCAGACCCAGACAACCUGUUUGAAACUUUUUUAAAAUGCUGAUUCUGGACGUCACAUGUGAUUUUGUUUGGUUUGGUUCUGUUAACAAAAAGUUUGUAUGAUUUUGUUUGAAAGUCAGAAACUUUUAUUGUGUAUUUGUGAGUGUGUUUGAGCACUUUGUGUGUUUGUGGAUGAUGACAGAGGACAGAUGAGACACUGUGUUUGUGUUUGUUACAUGUGUAGAUUCAAUAAAUCUGA